CAAUCAGUCCCCAACUUCGGCCGGGGCCUCGAGCCCGGGGCCGGUCCGGAAACAGCCGAGCGGAUCCGGAAACAGCCGAGGGGACCCGGAAGGGGUGAGCGCCGUCACCAGGGAGUGCUGGAACCCGCCGUUUGCGCGGAGGCGAUGGCGGCAGCUGCGCCGGCGGCCGCGGGCGAGGAUGGCCGGCGACGGCGGCCGGGGGCCGCCCUGGACCCCCAGCCCCAGGAAGGGGCGAAGGGUGAGGCCGAGUCCGAGGAGCUCGGCCAGCUGCGGGCCGAGCUGGCAGGCGCCCUGGCAGAAAUGGAGACCAUGAAGGCCGUGGCGGAGGUGAGCGAGAGCACGAAGGCCGAGGCCGUGGCUGCAGUGCAGCGGCAGUGCCAAGAGGAGGUGGCUUCACUGCAGGCCAUCCUGAAAGACUCCAUCAGCAGCUACGAAGCCCAGAUCACUUCCCUGAAGCAGGAACGGCUGCAGCAGCAACGGGACUUUGAGGAGAAGGAGCGGGAGCUGGGACGCUUGAAGCAGCUGCUGUCCCGGGCUCACCCCCUGGACUCCUUGGAGAAGCAGAUGGAAAAGGCCCAUGAGGACUCGGAGAAGCUUCGGGAGAUCGUGCUGCCCAUGGAGCAGGAGAUUGAGGAGCUGAAGGCGAAACUGCUCAGAGCAGAGGAGCUGAUUCAAGAGAUCCAGAGACGGCCCCGGCACCCCCCUUCCUUGCAUGGCUCCACGGAGUUGCUGCCCCUGUCCCGGGACCCGUGGCCCCCGCUGGAGCCCCCGGAGGAGCCAAGCGGAGACGGGGGCGCAGCGGCCGAAGCCUUCGCCCACAACUGUGACGACAGUGCCUCCAUCUCCUCCUUCUCCCUCGGCGGCGGGGCCGGCAGCACUGCCCUGCCCCGCAGCCGCCAGGGCCUGAGCCCCGAGCAGGAAGAGACGGCCUCUCUGGUGUCCACGGGCACCCUGGUCCCCGAGGGCAUCUACCUGCCCCCUCCUGGCUACCAGCUUGUCCCGGACACCCAGUGGGAGCAGCUGCAAGUGGAGGGGCAGCAGCUGCAGAAGGACCUGGAGAGCGUCAGCCGGGAGCGGGACGAGCUGCAGGAGGGUCUGAGACGGAGCAACGAGGACUGUGCCAAGCAGAUGCAAGUGCUCCUGGCCCAGGUCCAGAACUCAGAGCAGCUGCUGCGGACCCUGCAGGGGACCGUGAGCCAGGCCCAGGAGCGGGUUCAGCUGCAGAUGGCGGAGCUGGCCACGUCACAUAAGGGCCUGAGCCACAAGGUGAAGCGGCUGACUGAGGAAAACCAGGGGCUCCGGGCCGAGCAGCCGCUGUCUUCAGCCCCCCAGGGUCUGGAGCAGGAGGGGGGCCACGAGGAGUCGCUGCCCAGCUCGGUGCCGGAGCUGCAGCGGCUGGUACGCCUCACGAGGCAGGAGGCGCGCGCCCAGCAGCAGGCCCGGGAGCACGAGGCCGAGCGCCUCCGGAUUGAGAUCGUGACGCUCCGCGAGGCGCUGGAGGAGGAGACGGCGGCCAGGGCCAGCCUGGAGGGGCAGCUGAGGGUGCAGCGGGAGGAGACAGAGGUGUUAGAGGCCUCCCUGUGCAGCCUGAGGACGGAGAUGGAGCGGGUCGAGCAGGAACAAAGCAAGGCCCAGCUCACAGACCUGCUCUCAGAACAGAGGGCGAAGGUGCUGCGGCUGCAGGUGGAGCUGGAGACCAGUGAACAGGUGCAGAGGGAUUUUGUACGACUGUCCCAGGCCCUGCAGGUGCGCCUGGAACGGAUCCGCCAGGCGGAAAGUCUGGAACAAGUGCGCAGUAUCAUGGAUGAGGCGCCCCUCAGGGACAUCAGGGACAUCAAGGACACCUGAGGGGCUAGAAACCCCCCACCCUGGGGGAGACUGCCUUUCCCUGCUCCUGAACCUAGAGGCCUGGGCUUUUUGCCGGGGCGGGGGCGGGGGGGGGGGCGGCGUGUCUCAGGAUAGAGUCUUCAUCCCCUCCAAGCCUGGGGUUGGGGUGCUGGGGCCACCACUGCCCUCUCUCCAGCACCUCCCCCCAGGGGUGGCUGGCCUCCUGCUCCCAACGACAACACCUGGGCAGGAGUCCCAGCCCCCUCCAGGAACCAAAGGUGUAGGCUUAGCCCUGCGGCUUUCUGGCUGCCAUGCUGCCUCCUGGGUCUCGGCCCUCCUGCCCCCCUGCCCCCAGCCAGACCGGCAGCUGGGCCCCGGGUGGUGGCUGCGAGCCUCUGGCCCACGGCAGCUGGGCCCUCCACACGCGCACCCCGGGACAGGCAGCUGCUUUCUGGACUGCAUGACACUAAGAUGCUUGUCCCCAGGGGCCCGACCCAGGCCCCGAGACAUGCACAGAGGCAAGACCAGACUUUUCUGUCAUUUAUUUUCAAUAAAUAAGCAGCUCAGCUCAA